AUGGCUGCUGUUCCAACGGCCCUUACAAACUACCCGCCUUCACAUACCGGCUCCCCUUCACGACAUCUUCCCCAAUACUCUGGCUCAUCCAGCAUCGCCGGGACUCCUCUCCCAGACCGUACAUCUGGCACUCCCACUAGCAUUACUUCGAUCUCAACCCUACGUUACCCUUCAACCCGCAAAACCAUUUACGACCGCAACCUCAACCGCUCUCGGAAUGCCGAACUGUCGAGAGCCAGUUUCGCCUACCUGUUCAUGGAAAUGGUCGCGUACGCGCAUAAGAGGGUGAAGGGGAUACAGGAUUUUGAGAAGAGACUGAACGAGCAGGGCUAUCCGUUGGGGUUGAAGCUACUGGAUCUGCUACUCUAUCGAACGUCGCCAAUAGGGGGGUCGAGUUCAUCAAGUGGAGGGUCGUCGAGUAGCGGCUCUGGGUCAGGUGCAAGUCGACCGCUACGGCUACUCCCUCUCUUGACACUGUUGACAACAAAGCUCUAUCCACUACUAUUCUCCCGUCCCGCCGACUCCCUCGAGCAAUCCACAACCAAUCCCGGGGAAUAUAUGAUUAUAGACAACACGCCCCUCACCAACCAAUACAUCUCGGUUCCCAAGGAGAUGUCCCAGUUGAGUGUGGCAGCGUACAUUGCGGGAAUCAUCGAGGGGGUAUGUGACGGUGCAGGAUUUUCUUGCAAGGCAAGUGCGCAUAACACCGGGACGGAGGUCUGGCCGAACCGGACGGUGUUUCUGAUCAAGUUUGACGAAAGCGUGCUGGAACGGGAGAGGGAGUUGGAGAGGCAGGGUGUUAAGUGA